CUGAUGGCCUCUUACAGCCGUUGCUGCUUCUGUGCUGGGAGUUCUCUUUUUCGCUUGAAUGUGUUUCUUCUCCAGGGCUGAGGACGCUCUUUGUAUUGGUAGGCAGCCUGCACUUGUUCCUUUCAGUCCUGGCAAGUAAAAGCAGGAAUUCUAAAAAGCAACGAUGAUUCCUCUUGGUUCCUUUGUAUAGAGCCCUGUAAAUAAUUUAUUUGGAUUUGAGAGGAUAGAGACUAGCAAACAUAUUGAAUCUCUCAGUAACUGGGUGAAUUCUGUGUUCAAAGUUUCAAGGCAGUGGAAAGAGAAAUACUUCUUUGAAAUCAGAGAAGACUUUGAGUGACCCGAGAGCUCAGGCGUGAGGCUGGAAACAGACCACAACAAGUUGUUUUUUCUUUUUUGGCAUGUAAAGGUCACCCUUGAGGUUCCCACAUCCACGUCCUUCACAAAUGUAGCUGGGAUAUUGAGACGACUAGCUCUGGAGUUGGAAAACCCUGGGACAGGUCCGAGCUGGGGCACUGCCCAAGUCCCUCCUGUUGCACUCAAUACCUGGUUUAAACAAAGAAAAUUGUGUUUGCCAGUCUCGCUAGCUAAAGUCACAAGAUUCCGAGUAUCAUGCAGCACUCUGGAAUUCCUACAAAAACUCAUCAGCAGGGCUAUGCUGCCUGCUAUGCAGAAACGGCCGUGCAUCGGACUUUCCAGAUAAAAACAUUUAGUACAGAGUUGAAAAACCAUGUGAUGGUCAUGGAUUUUGUGAAGAGUAACUGGUUUCCCUCCCAGAGAAGAGCCAAAGUUUGUAUCAUCCAUAUGUGUCAAGGCUUGAAGACGGCUGAGCAGACAGCCAGCAGAUACGAGAUCCACAGUCGACUCUUCUCAUCCCCCAACGAUCAUUCUGCCUGGGAAAGAAAUGAAAGUCUUUCGAAUGCAGGAUUACGGGACAACUACCACAGUACAAGCGAUCAAAUUGCCCUUAAAAAUCUCCAGUCUGAUGUCACAGAGGGGAAAUCUGACUUCACCAAGGAGACCCUGGCAUCACAAAACACAAAAAUGAUUUCAUCCUUAGUCAUCUCCCAGAUGAUUGAUGAGAAUAAGCCGAGAGAAAACAGGACCUCCUUGCCCCUGCCGUGUACGAUUGGUCAGGCUCGUGCACAUCACACCAAGCAAUCUCUGGCUAAUCGCAGCGGAGUCAACAUUCACAGGGCAUUUGCGUUACUUCCGGGCAGAUUAGGAAUCCCAGCACCGUCAGAUGAGCGAGGACCUGAGACAGAGCUGCCACCCAAAGAGGAGAGCCCCUGUGGGGGUCCCCGCAGAGGGUUUGCAUCCAUCACCAUCACGGCCAGACGCGUGGGCCCCCCAGCCAGUGCCCUGCUGUGGGGGACUGUUGGGGACUCUCUGUGCCCCAAGUGCAGGGCUGAGGACACACUGUUACAGGCGCCCCCAGCUCUGGCCAAUGGCACCCAUCCAGGUCGGCAUCAGAGAUCUUUUGCCUGCACAGAGUUCUCCGGAAACAGCUCCGUGGUGCGGCUGAAGGUUCCCGAGGCCCACACAGGGUUGUGUGAGAGACGCAAGUACUGGGUCACUCAUGUGGAUGACAAAGGGACCAGUUUUUCUCCAGACACCCCACUGUCAGGAAAGAGCCCGCUGGUGUUCAGUUCCUGUGUCCACCUCAGGGUGUCUCAGCAGUGUCCAAAUUCAAUCUAUUAUGUAGACAAGUCUCUCUCCGUCCCCAUUGAGCCACCUCAAAUUGCCAGCCCCAAAAUGCACAGAUCCGUCCUGUCGCUCAACCUCAGUUGUAGUUCCCACAGAUUGACAGCAGAUGGAGUAGAUGGCCUAGUGAACAGGGAGCCAAUAAGCGGAGCCCUGAAGCAGGAGCUGGUGGAGAGAGACCAGGACCUCGUAGGCCAGCGCUGGAACCCAGGUUUACAAGAAAGUCACUUGAAGGAAACCCCAUCGUUGGGGCGGGUGCAUUUAGGGACCGGCGCAUGUCCUUGGAGUGGUUCUUUUCCAUUGGAAAACACAGAAUUGGCAAAUGUGGGAGCUAACCAGGUCACUGUAAGAAAAGGGGAAAAGGAUCAUGCAACUCGUUGUCAUGCCAGCGGUCAUGCCAACCAACUGUCCAUUCACAUUCCCGGCUGGAGUUACAGGGCAGUACACACACAAGUAUUUUCUGGAAGCAGCAAGAGGCAGCAAGGAGAAGUAUGCAUGACUCUGUCUGCUCCUCCAGUGGAACAGCAGCCCACUAGACAUUUCCUUCCCAUUGGGGAUAGCUCUCCAAGCGAUGACUGUCUGUCUAGAGACCUUUCUGAACCCACAGAGGGACGACAUCAAAGCUUCCUGAAACCCAGAAUCCUUUUUCCUGGGUUUCUUUGCCCCUUACAAGAUGUAUGUGCAUCUCCACAGGAAGACAAUGGUGUUCAGAUAGAAAGCAAGUUCCCCAAAGGAGAUUACACGUGCUGUGACUUGGUUGUAAAAAUAAAGGAAUGUAAGAAGAGUGAGGACCCCACCACGCCUGAGCCCGCCACAGCAGCACCCUCGCCAGCACCCCCUGAGACAGCAGGGAGCCCUGGCCUGUCCGAAGACUGUUCUGAGCCUCAGCAAAUGCCUACAAGAUCCUUGACCUUGCAAGAAGCACUGGAAGUUCGUAAGCCUCAGUUCAUUUCUCGCUCACAAGAACGGCUGAAAAAGCUCGAACACAUGGUCCAGCAGAGGAAAGCCCAGCGGAAGGAGGACCUGAGGCAGAAGCAGAGCGUCCUUCCCAUCCGCACCAGCAAGAAGCAGUUCACGGUUCCCCAUCCUCUGAGUGAUAACUUGUUCAAACCCAAAGAACGGUGCAUUUCAGAGAAGGAGAUGCAUAUGCGAUCUAAGAGAAUUUAUAAUAACUUGCCGGAAGUUAAAAAGAAAAAAGAAGAACAAAGGAAAAGGGUGAUCUUACAAAGUAACAGACUCCGUGCCGAAGUCUUCAAAAAGCAAUUGCUGGACCAGCUCCUUCAAAGGAAUGCGGUCUAACCGCAGGCUGCCCUGCUGACCACACUACCUGGACCUGGGAGGACUUCAAAUGCUGGAUAAGCCAUUAAACUUAGCAAUAUCUUCAUGAUGGGAAAACACUUAUUUUACCUUUGAUUUUUUUUUUUCCAUAAAGGAAAACAUCACUUUCUGAAUUACUGACCCAAGCCAAACAGAAACAAUAACACUUGAGGAAAUAGGUCAACAAUCUGUUGUGGGGAAACCACCUCCAUGUAACCCACUAGACACAGUCCCCUUCACGUUUUUGCUUCUGAGUUGUACCUUUUGCUUCUGAUUUGUUCUCCCCUGCUGUUUCCUGCCCAUCAGAGAGGCCUUAUACAAGCAAGUUUGCUUACAUCCCUGGGGAAUAUUUUACAUCAAACUUUUGGGAUCCAAAUCCAUCUCCUUUUAAAUUUCAAUACCAACACCUGCCAGUUAUACAAAUGCCAAAAUGUGGGUCAUCAUAUAGUAUAUUUUUAAACUUUCUGAACAUGUACACCACCAAUGCUAGAGGCUGACUUGGAAACCAGUGGGUGCAAUGCCCGAGGCUGUGGAACAAUCAGCCCAUCUCUUUGUGACCUGAAGCAGUCAGAGUGGCCCUCAGUCACCCCGCCCCCAGCACCGUUUCUCACCAGGGAGAAAAGAAUCCAUUGCUAUGGAAGCUCUGGUGUAACUUCAGUGUUUUCUGCAACACUCCUCCUGCCCCACCCCAUAAAAAAAAAAGUUGUUUUGUUAAGAAAUAGCCUAAUGGUCCAGCUUUGCUGUCUGUUCUUCCAAAUGUUUAUAAUACACAUUAUUUAUAAAUAUGUGUGUUUGGGAAGCUAAGAACAAGCUAGCUUUUACAACACAAAUGGAAAUAAAUGCAGUUAUUAUAAAAAUUCAA